CUGAAGCGAACAGUUUGUAUUUUUCCAUUCGGUUGACGCAUUCUCGGACAAGGUCUUUGUCUAUAAAUGACUCCAGCGUGGUGAGGGCGACCACAAAACACGAGACGCGUUACACUCAACACACAUCUAGACGGCAUCAUGCAUCUGGACGAUUUUCUGAAGAUAGUCGGGGAGUUCGGGAGAUACCAAAGGCUGCAGUACAUCUCGAUAUGUUUGAUCAACAUGUAUGCCACUUUUAACAUGUUGGGCUCAGUCUUUUUUACGGCCACCCCCAGUUACCAGUGCAAGGUACCGCAAGUCUACCAGAACGUCACCCUCGCGCCUUACAACAACCUUUCCUCGCGACUCUUCCCGCCAAACACGUCAUUUCCAACAGACCAAGAUGUCAAUAGAGUGGUACCAGGCACAUGUAGCAUCGUGAUUCAGAACGUUGGAAAUGAUACAGAAAACUUCAUAUCGGCAUGGACGGGCCAGUCUGAUGGCAAUCGCACAGAGCUACCUUGCCCUGAAGGGAGGACCUACGCUAAAGACAUCUACACGUCCACGGUCGUAUCUGAGUUUGAUCUAGCGUGCGGCAGCGAGUGGCAAGUCAGUACCAGCAAGUCAGUUUUCUUUAUAGGGAAGCUAAUAGGGGACAUCAUAUCAGGCGUUAUUUCAGACAGGUUUGGUCGUCGCCCCUCGGUGUUGCUGGCUCUGAUGGUUUCCGUGUUGCUGGGGAUAGCGACGGCGCUCAUUCCCAGUAUGGUGGUAUAUGUUGUAUCUCAGGGUAUCCAAGGCGUGCUAAAUGGGUUUUAUUUUAACGUGGCUUACACCAUAGCCGUUGAGUUCGUGGGUCCAAGCAAGCGCAAUUCAGCGGCUAUUUCAAUGACCUACUUCUUCACAUUGGGCUAUUUUGUCCUCGUUCUCUUUGCCUACUUCAUCCGUGACUGGAGACACCUUGCUCUGGCCCUGUACGCACCUUGUAUAUUAUUUGGAUUCUUCUGGCUGACGCUACCAGAAUCGUUUCGUUGGCUAUUGUCUAGAGGUCGGCAUAGUGAGGCUGAGAAACUGCUUCGAAAGGUGGCAAGAUGGAACAAAGUCGACGUGAAAGAGGGGGACAUACAGGGGGUUCUAAAAACCUCUAGAGACGCCAAGGCGCUGGCCGAAACCUUCACUCCGUUAGACUUAGUGAGAACAAGGCGUCGACUGGCGAUCACUGCGAGCAUGUGCUUUAUCUGGAUGGUGAACGGCAUGGUCUACUACGGUGUUUCUCUGGGAACGGAAGAUCUAGGCGGCAACCUCUACGUUAACUUUACCCUGAUGGGCGCCAUUGAGAUUCCAGCUUACGCCUUCGCCAUAUAUGCCGUAAACAAGAUCGGAAGACGCACCACGCUGAUUGGUACCAUGUUACUUGGUGGCAUUGGCUGCUUGGUGUCUGGGUGCCUAACUUCUGACGUCCACUGGUUAAUCGUGACCUUUGCAAUCAUUGGGAAGAUGGGAAUCUCAGCGUCCUUCGUGAUCAUCUGGCUGUUCACAGCCGAGUGCUACCCCACAGUGAUGAGGAUCAUUGCUAUUGGUAUGGGGUCUGCCUUUGCACGAUUCGGCAGUGCACUUGGUCCACAGAUAAUGAUGCUGAAGGAUUUCGUCUCCUAUCUCCCUAUGGUAAUCUUUGGGCUCAGUGCUAUUGCCGCUGGCUUUCUGGCCAUGCUGCUCCCGGAAACAGUGAACCGCAAACUUCCUCAGAACAUAAGGGAGUUUGACACGUUAUUGAAUUCAGCUGGAUUGUUUGGUCACUGUAAGGCUGUCGACACCGAGUCCGACAAUGACUCCGAAUCAUUUCGUACAGAAGACACGCCGAGCGACCCGGAUGUAGAUGCAAAACUGAUGAAAAAUGGCACUCCUGCUCACUCGGAAGAUUGCACUACAUCUGCUCCCAAUAAUGUCUGA